UUUCACCAAAAUUUUCGUAAUGGGUGCUUGUGCUGAGUGUCAAUUGUCAGUGGAAAGAACGGAUAAGGACACAAUUUCUUGUACGGACUGUAGAUCACUUUUCCACCGUAAAUGUAUUCAUGCCGGUGGAGGUAAGGAGUUAACUGACGAUGAAUUUAGAUUACUUACUAUAACUACAUGGAGAUGUCCUGCAUGCUUGUCAAAAUUUCGUAAGAACCGUUGUGCUAGUGUGGACAUGUGAAACAUGUGUCAGAAACUUGUGAUUCGCGAGAGACUGUAUCCGAGACAUCUAUCAUUGACUUUAAAAAAGCACUAAGUGAUUUGAGGAACGAGAUCUUAAAAGGUCAAGCUGAAGGACUCUUUGAAAUCUUGUCACGAUAAAUUGGAUGCAAACUCUACUCUGUUAUCGAAACAGGAAAAAUUGAUUGAUACACAGCAGGAGAUUAUAAAGGCUCUACAAUCAGAGAAUGAAUCUUUGAAACAGAAAGUUAGUGAUUUAACGUUAAGGUGUGAUGAUCUAGAGCAGUAUGGACGCAGGAAUACUGUCGAGAUCCAGGGUAUACCGAUGACGGAGGCGGAGGACGUGACCGGUUCAGUGGUGAAGACGUGUGUGGCGGCGGGUGUGAAUGUGACGGCCGAGGCGAUAGACAUCUGCCACCGGCUGAAGGGCCGUGUCAAUGCGCCGCCCCCAAUCGUCGUCAAGUUUGUGCGACGAACGCACACGCAUGCUAUGCUGGGUGCACGACGCCAGGUAAAAGGCUUCUCAACAACACACAUCGGUAUUCAAGGAAGGAAAAUGAAAGGCAAGAAAUACCAGUACAUGAUGAUGAGAAUGCUGAUGGGACUGAAGAUCUUCAUAAUCGGCCUCGUUCUGCCAGCUGUGAUUGGAAUGGCUCUCCUUGCCUCAUGGAAGGGAAUGACCAUCAGCCUCAUGGCAUUACUGAUGGCCAGCAUUAUUGGCAUGAAAAAUCUCAUAUCAGCUGCAACCAAACAUGAAGGCUCUCAUCACAUAUUAGUUACUUCAAUCCCGUCACAACAGCAUCAGCAUUGGUGGAGAAAGAGCGAAAAUCCUGAGAUCACAUCUUGGGAUAAUCCACAUGACUUAGUGUACAGAGGACACCGUUAGGUAUCAUAAUUUCAAAACGUUUCAGAGUUUAUUGUGUCAGAAUUUCAACUGAGUAUUUGCCAUACAUAUACUUACCUCUGGAUAAUUUCCAUCAUGUAUUCAUAUUCCUAUCAAAAUGGUACUAAAAUUAUUAAAAUUGUAUUUAAAUAAGUGUUCAACUGGUACAGUAAUCUCUCAGUUGAAAUACAUA